AUGACACAAGAUGACGAGCCUGAUUCAUCUUUGAAGCACCACAUUUUGUGUAGCUUCUUUGAAAUUGUGAUGCCAAAUCGAGGCAUUUGUCUGAGGCUGGCCCUCUAAGCAUGUUGAUAUUAAUUUGUAAAAAGAAAGAUACCUGCUACAUUUCCCCUGCACAGUCAAGUGACUUGGUCCAAACUUUAAGCUUCAUCUAUUCCAGAAAAUGUGAGACAAGAAAAUUUAAUUAUUUUAAGUGCUGGUUGGCUGUAUGAUUUUGCCAUCAGACUAUGGAACUAGGAACACUCAAAAUUCCUGGACCUAAAAGGGGUAACAUUUUUUGCAAGAAUAUACCCAGCAGAAAUGUGGAGCUCAAAGACCAUUAUUUUUUUGUAUUUUAGCUGUGGAACCCUUUGAUAGCUCAAACCUUUUGUCAGGGCAAUGGUUACUCCUCAACAAGUAGAUAAGAUCCAUCGAGCAAUACGUUUUGCUUGUUCUUGCUAUCCUUCCAUUCAGUUUUAGUUGGAACUUCUACGUAUUUCACCUUGGCAUAGCCAUGAACACCAUUUUUUUUAGUUCACUUGUAAAUCAACAGCUAGGCCGCUGAGCGUGCGUGGAAACGAGGUUGAUUGAUGGUCCAUUGCCCAUGUAACCUCACUUCCAAGUCAAUAUACCAUUGAAUCAAUGGUAUAUUUGCUUGCACCUUCCAAAUUUGGUCAACUCCCGUUGGUAAUGAAGAAUUAGCCAGGGCCUUUUAACCACUCAGAAACAGUGAAAUAUUUUGAAUAAGCAAUAAAGCACAUUAACUGCUGAACCAUCCUCGUGGUUAAUUUUGUGGUCAACAUUUUUUCUUGUACAGAAUUAUCCUCAAAUUGUGGCUGCCAGUGCACUCAACCUUGGUAAGAGAGCCAUGUUGUAAGAGUUACCAGCAAAUCCUUUUCCAAAAUUAAACUACAAUGGAACCUUGAUAUUAUGAACCUCUGUGUGCUGAGUCCUCAGUAUAACAAACGAUUUUUGCUACCCCAGUAAUAGUAAAAUGUAUGGAAAAGAACCUCAACGAAACCUCGUUAAAGUAAACACAUUUUUGCCAGUCCCUUGGCCCUUCGUUUUAUCGAGGUUCCACUGUAAUAUAUUCUGUAUGAUCAGAAUAAAUAAAACUAUUUACAGACCAUACAACUAGUGAGUGGUAGAAUGAUGAAACCUAUAGACUAGAGUCUCUGAAUGACAGGUUCUUGAAGAGAGUUUCAAAUUACUGAACUACCACAUACAAAGAAACUUUAUUGAAAGAAUACUUGGAAAAACCUUAAUAUAGUUGUCUUUUGUUAUGUCUUUGUUCUUUUUCAGGUUUGGUUUUUUGGUUCCAUCUCUUCCAGAAUGGUAAGUUGAUAUUCUCAUAAAUCUUCGCUUUUUGGAUGAAAUCUGACUAGUAAUGUGGUAUUUUUGCCAACAACAAAAUGAUGAUAACAGAUUUAUGAAAUGACUAAUGCUGAAAUGCCGGUAUGGCUGAUAUUGGUAUUGUUGUUAGUGAUAUAUAUUUGGGUCUUCUGUGCUCAAGCAGUGCCUUGUGGCCCUUCAGGCACCUUACUCUUGCUCUUUGGUGACUAGAAAAUCUUAGUUUUUUCAUGGAGGUCAUGUCCAGGGCACCCUGGAUUUCACAGGUUUAGAGCACAGGGGUUUCAUUGAGUUUUCUUAGAGCUCAGCCUUGGUCUUGACUAGGAUGUAGACCUUCAAAAUUCUUUUCUUCAUCCUUGUUACAUAAUUGUUUAAAUAAAACAACAAAGAAAAAAGUAACGAAAAAUUAUGAAGCACUAUGUUAUUGACAAAUGGUUAGAUUUUAGAUCAGCACUGCUGUUACCCCCUGUUUUAAAAUACCCUUCACAUGUCCACUUUGUUUUCAACCCUUACUAGCAAGUCAGUUGAAUGCAUUUUUUUUUUGAACCUAUAGUUUAGUUUCUUUAAUAACUCACUGUAAUGAAGUAUGAAAUUAACUAAGUCAACAAUGCAAACCAAAGGUCAAGUCAUAAGUGAUGAAGAGUGACAAAAACUUUUCUGACAGUGAGUGUAACAAGUUGCACUUUGAACACAUUCCUCAAUUUCUGACAUGACUUGCCAGCUACAAGUCAAGACAAAUCUUUCUAUUUUGUGGAGGCAAUUUUCUAAGUUAUUAUUUCACUGUUUCAGGAGGUUUUAUCUCUCCAAGAUGGUUUCCACCAAGCUUUCAGGGGAUGAUGGUAAAUAAGAACAUAAUAUUAUUUUCUUCCCAGCAGUUGAGUUAUGAAGUUCCAAAUUUUUUGUAAUUCUUUUACCCUUAUUGUGUUGGUCCUGAGGAGGAUGCAACCUAACCUAGUAGUAAGAAACUUGAUUAUGGCAGUCUGGGUCAGGUUCCAAAAUUUGGAAAUACAGAAGCAUGUCAUAGGCCGUAGACUUGCUCCCAGAGCCUGUUGUUUCUCACGGUCAUGUAAUCUUGAAAACAAGUGCUUUCAAAAAUUUAUUACACUUGUAAAAAUGUGGCUCUGUCAAACAAACCUCCCUAGUAGAUGCUUUGUGGUUUUUUCAAAUUUUAACUGGGACUAGUAGGUGAAACUCUGUCAACAUGUCUAGAAAGAAUGCCUUAAAAUCUGUUAAGUUUCUAAUUUUGAAAGGGAUUUGUGAAGAUAAAGUUUGCAAAGUCAUGGAAUUUAACAGGUUUGUAUGGUGGGGACAAGUUUGUACCCUUCCCCCCACACCAUAAAAACAUCUGUAUUUGGACAAAUCAUUUUUUAACUUGAUAAGUUACCUUAUUUUACGACACUCUUUCCAGCACUGUUGAUGGAUAUUCACUUGACGGAUAUUAACUGCUAUUAUUUUAUUAAAAGUUGAAAAAAAAAUGGAAGCGUAUGUGAAACUUUUACUUAAAAGCUUGCUGAAUUGUACAGACUUCUCCACUUUAUUGACAUUUAUCUGCCGCCUCACUUCCAAUGUUAAACGCUCUGAAAACAUGCCUACUUAUGCCCAAUUAAUGCUAGUACUGUAGGUCUAAGCUCCUUCUGAAGAAAUCUUAGUAAUGAGAGUAGGUAAAGUCACCAGUGAUGAAAAACUUCUGACACCUCUUGUAUGAGUGUGGCAUGAGUUGCACAUUGAACGCAUUUUUAGUAUUCUGAAGUGACUUGCCAGCUACACAUCAAUGCAAAUGUUCUGUUUCGGGGAAGCAGUGCUCUUAGUAAUUUAUCGUGGUAUCAUUUUAGGUGGUUGCACCAAGAAGUUUUCCACUGAGGUUUAACAGAACAGGGGUGAGUACAAGAGAGUUUGUUCAGAGUAGUUAAGUUUGAAAUUCCAUGGUUCUGCAAUUCUUUCACUUCUUUAGGAAGUUUUCACUGUCAGGCCACUAAAAAUAAUCUAAACCAUUCCAUGCAUAAAGACGGAAUUUAAGGAAUAAAAAAAUAUAUUAAUGCAAAGAGCCUCGCUGAUAUUAAGGUCAGGGUGAGCUUGGCUAGUCACCAGUGAUGAAAAUAUCUGACACCUCUUGUAUGAGUGUGGCAGCAGUUGCACAUUGAACGCAUCCUUGAUAUUCUGAUGUGAUUUGCCAAUACAAAUGCCUUCAUAUAUUGCUGUUGUAAGGAAGCAAUUUCUUAUGUUGCCUUUUGUUGUCUUCGUUUCAGGUUGUACUUCAAGAUAGUUUCCAGGGAGAUGUAAUUACAAUGGUUAGUUCCAUUUAUCAGUAGAUUGUGCCUUCUUGCAAUGAGUCUUUUUAAGAAAGCUUUUAAUUUGUAAUUUUAUAUUCUUAUUACUAUUAUUGUUUCUGCCAUCUGGCCUUAGAAACUGUAUGAACAUCGACUCUUUUGAAGUACAGUUGAAGACUUGUCUUUUUAAGAAAGCUUUUAAUUUGUAAUUUUAUAUUCUUAUUACUAUUAUUAUUUCUGUCCAUUUACUGUAUAUAUAUAUAUAUAUAUAUUUAUUUAUUUUCUUGUACAUAUUGUAAAGUGCUUUAGAAUAUUUUAAUAGUUAAAGCGCUAUAUUAAAUGUAAUAAAUUAUUAUUAUUAUUAUUAGUUUGGAGGUGAUUGAAAAGAGCAAGGAGCAGGCCACUUAAGUGUAUCUAUAAAUAUACGAUGUAUACAUUAAUUAAAACUAUAAAAGAAUUCUCAAAUCCGAUUGGCUAUCAACCGUCCUGAUUUCAGCACUAAUAGGACAAGGUAAUAAAGAGGUGACUGUUGAAAAAAGGUUUCAGCAAGAGUCAAUGUGUGGAUUAUUUGUCUGUCUGAACAAAUAAAGUUGGCUGUUGUAGAGAGGUUGCUAUUAGUGAAGGCUCACUGUAGCACUUGAUCUUAAUUUGUAAAUGUGGAGAGAUAAUGAUGAGAAAUUUAUCAGUUAUCCCUGUCAUAGCUAUGAUGCUGAGAUGACACGUCAGGCUGAUUCUCUCCAGUAAGGCCAAGCUUAAAUUGUGGCUUAAAACUGAAUUGCUUUGUCCACUGAUCACUGAUAUAAUUAUUAUCUCUUACAGUAACUGGUUUAAACUCCAGUGUCAUCAUUUCUCUGGAGAUUCUCCGAAGAAGCAUAAGGUUAGUCAAUUUUUUUUAACUAUCGUGGUACCGGCAGCUUUGUUAAUAAGCUAGACAAUGAUCAACUGAUGUGGUGUGAUGAGUGAAAUCUUUUUUCCCCAUCUUAUCGACAAUGACGAUAAACCCUCUGUCACUAUGUGACCAAGCCAAACCUCUCUGACUUCAUCAGUUUGUUUUGUACUGCUAAUUUGAUGACCACUGUGAUCUUCCUGGAUAAAUUUUAAAUUUGUUCUUGUGUAUUUCAAAGCUCUGCAGGUUCACUGUGGAAGAUGCUGACUGUAGCCAAGGCGUACAGUGUAGUUUGGUAAGAUUCUUGAUGUAGAUAUAACAUGGUGAUUUUGCACUGUAGUUUUGACCAGGCUGUAAAAUAUAAGGAAAAACUGGAACUGUAAAACCGAUAGGUGGGAAUCAAAUGUGUGUCCAAGGUGAAAGAUUUUAUCACCUUUGAGUGUAUAUGAUACAAAUUUUUUUAAUUUUCUUUUCUUAGUCUACUGAUAAGUUUCAUUAACAAUUCAGAAUUUUUAAAACAUGUCUCCCAAAAACUUUCUUGAAUUUGGGCCAUUCAGAAACUGCUUUUCCCCUUCAGAACUGUCUCCCAGACUGAGAAGGUGUAAAGGAUCAAAGGCUGAUGACAUCAUAUAAUGCCAGUUGAUUUGCUCAGCCUUCACUUCUGAUUCUGCUGCCAUUUUGUAAAUCAUUUUACAUUCUUGCAAAUCAUUCUACAUCAUACUUGUCAAUUCGGCCAGUGAUAGGGCAGACAGUUGUGAAGGCAAAUUUGGUUGUUUUGAAGAGAAAAAAAAUGGUAUUAAAAGAUUUUGACAAGGUCAAUUUUGGAUACAUAUUUUACACAUAUUUUUAAGGAUAAUAAACCAUCCAGGAAAAAAUUGUGUCAUAUACACUUAACACCUCACACCCCACCUAUCCUCUAUCUUCUAUCUCAGUCAGUCACAGUGGUCUUCACAUCCUCCCAUGAUUGCCAUCCUGCUUCUGCCCUUUCCUUUUUAACUGUUUGCCUUCAAGUGGUUUUUGGUCAUUCUCUUCUUUUUCCUUCUGGUGCCCAAGUCAUUGCUACAUUGCUGUUGCUGUUUUGGUCCUGUCUUUGUCCAAUCGUCUUCCAUCUAUGCUGCUUAACCCCUUCACUCUUAGGUUUUAUGUCUGUUUUUCAGGGGUCACUGGGCUAAACUACCACACAGCCAGUUUAACUUCUCUUAUCACAAUUGUAUUUUAAGGGAACAGACCACAAAUAAUAGGCCAUUUUACAGUUAUGGAUGGAAGCGAGGCUGACGUUGACCUUGUUUUGAUACAAACCUUCCUGCUUUAUUAUGUAAAUCAAGUUAUUCUUAUGCUAGCUAGUAUUUUUCAAGGACAAUUUCCAUAACAAAGCAAAGGAGGUUUGCAUCAAAACAAGGUCACUGUCAGCCUCACAUUUACUCGAAGGCUAGGGUACUAAGUCCACAACUGUAAAAUGGUCUAUUGUUGUUGUGUGUAAAAUUAUCUAAAAGCAGUAACGGUUCAUCAGUAGGAUGAGCAAUUCCACCCUUGGUUUUGGCUCCAUUGAAUUUAUAAAGUGUAUAUAUUUUAGUAUAUUAGCUGUGUUACAACGCUGAGCCCUGAAAUGUUUCCAUUGGGAUAAAGUUAUCGACUUUUUGAAAUGUUUUGAUUAAUGUCUGGUCUCUUCCUCUGAUCGCAUUGCACAAAGACAAGGGGCAGUGUCGUGCAAUUUGAAAGAAACAAGUGGAAGCAUUUUUUGGAUAGGAAAAAAAAGGAAAAUUAUUAGUUUUCUAACCAGUGUGAUGAUUAUUAGCCAAAUUCGCAGUUUCCAACAGAAAGAUGAUUGUAUCUUGCUGAUGGCUUAAUUCCUUGGAUGUCUGACUGGCUGUUGUUUUCAACUCCCAAUAGUUUAAUCGCGACUCUCUUUCUUAUCCUUACAAAGGUGUGUCUUGUUUUUGCCAGGUUUAUUUUACGCAUAUUCAUAGACCGGUGAAGGUAUGCAGAACUCCAGUUGAGGUCAAUGUAAGUAAGUCUGUUUUAAAAUGUAAAGGACUGUGUAAAGACCAGUGUGAUGAAUAUCAGCCAUAUUCGCAGUUUCCACCAGAAAGAUAAUUGCAUCUUGCUGAUGGCUUAAUUCCUUGGAUGUCUGACUGGUUCUACUCUUAAAACAACAGCAGUUAGUAAGUUAACUGUGUUUCCUCAAAACCCCUUUGUUUCUUUUCUAGGUUUCUUCUUGACCAGUUGACAAGCAAUGUUGUAGAAAUGGAGAGAGCUCACCAAAGU